UUCAAUCACUUGCAACCCUGCCUCUCGAUCUAUCGAAACGGCGAAAGUUUUCUAUGACGAUGAGAAGUCGAAUUUUUGGAUUUUUCGCGUGACAAGUUGGUGGUGAAAAAAAGCAGGCAGAACCUUAAAAAUUGAUUCAGCAACUUGGCAAGCGAUUGACAACUGAAAAGCGCAGCGCUGGCGGGUGCGGGCGGUUAAAGUAGGGCGUGAAAAGUCGACAAAAAAAAUCAAUUGCCUCUCGGUCGUUUUCAAUUUUCAAUUCACACAUAUUCUCUGCGUGUGCAAAAAAGCGAAAAAAAAAGGAAAAGCGAGAAGAAAAAAAUAGACUGCAAACGAAAGAAGAAAAAGAAACGGCAAACGAAAAGAAGAACAGCGCUGAAGACGAAGACGGAGGAAAAGAAAAAGGCAGCAACGUAGAAGUUGAAGAAAAUGUGCAGGAAAAGGGGCGGAGGAGAAGGAGCCGUGUUUUCGAGUCGCCAACAGUAUAAAUAAGUAACCAUCAUCGAUAAAGAGCGCGAUUCGAGUCGCGGAAAUAGGCGAAAUACAAAAUUUCGCAGUGAAAAUCAAAUUUUCCAAAUAGAAAGAAGAGCCUCCUCUCUCUCGCUCGCUCUCUCUUGGCCUAUCCUUUGCUCUCUCUCUGUCCCACUCCCGCGACUGGGUGGCAACGCGCGUGUGUGUGUGUCUGUGUGUGUGUGUGAGUGUGCCGCGUGCGUGAGUGUGUGUGUAGCUCGAAAGAGCAAAAAAAAAAUAGAUUUAACAAAAAAAAGAAAAUAAGAGAAAAAGUAGGAGAAGCAAAAUAACCGACUGUGUCUUUGUGUGGAAUUUCUUGAUAAUUGCAACAUAAGUUACCAUGGAAUACUACUUAGGAGGAUAUGUCUACAUGAACGGAGAUGCAGUCAAGAUCCAGCCGCCCGUCUACACGAACGUUCCUGUCGACACGGCGAUGCUAGCCACCAAUCUGUUUGGCGCCACCACCCAAAUCGCAGCCUCCCCCGCAGCAGCCGCCGCUGCCCACAUACCGUUGAUCACAGCCGCCGCUGCCGCCGCCGCCGCCGCAGGCGCUCCUCCGCCAGUAGCUCCUCCAGUUGCAGUUGCUCCAGCGCCCGCCCAGCAACAGCAGGCGCAUCCACACCAGGCCCAGCUCCUGGCCCAUACGCACGUAGCCCACCAACAACAACAGCAGCAGCAACAGUCGCCGCAUCCCGCCCAGCAUCUGACAUACGGCCAUCAGCCGGCGCCGCCACAGGCCACGGCGGCUGUAGGAUCAGCAGGAGGAGCAACAUCCGCAGUAGGCAGCGAGUCUCAGGACACCAACGAAUACGCCAUCAUGAAUGGCACACUCGCCCAGACGCAGGACGGCACCGUGGUCUGCUACACCACAGACGCCCUCAACAAUACGAAUUUAGUUGCCCUCGAUCCGCAGCCCCAUCAGAUUGUAGUGCCGGUCCAGGUUCCUGUCCAAGUCCCAGUGCCCGUUCAGCUGCCUGCGAACGGCUCGGCCGAUCAGCAGCAGCAGGGAAGCCACAAUGCAGCCGCCGGGGAGGAGUCCAACAUACCGCUGGACAAGCUCAAGCAGAUGCUGGCCACCCAGCUUGAGUACUAUUUCUCCAGAGAGAACCUGGCCAACGAUACUUACCUGCUAUCCCAGAUGGACAGCGACCAGUAUGUGCCCAUUUGGACCGUGGCCAGAUUCAAUCUGGUGCGGAAACUAACCAAUGACAUCAAACUCAUCACCGAGGUGCUGCGUGAAUCGCCCAAUGUCCAGGUGGACGACAAUGGCACGCGCGUGCGUCCCAAUCGCAAGCGUUGCAUCAUCAUUCUGCGCGAGAUAUCGAACAACACGCCCCUCGAUGACGUCAAGGCUCUGUUCAGCAACGAUAGCUGCCCCCGGCCGAUCUCCUGCGAAUUCAUCGCCAACAACUCGUGGUACAUUACCUUCGAGUCGGAUGACGAUGCGCAGAAGGCGUUCAAGUACCUGCGCGAGGAGGUCAAGGAGUUCCAGGGCAAGCCGAUCAUGGCCCGCAUUAAGCCCAAGUCGUUUAUUAAUCGCAUUCAAGCUGUACCAAAUAUGAAGAACGGCUACGGUCUAACGUCGCCGCCGACUGCCAAUGUCUUCGAUCCAUCCGGAGCCGGUGCCGCCACAGUUAGCUAUGCGGGUGCCCAGCAGCCCCGCUACUUGUACACCAACGGAGCAGCCCUCGCGGCUCCCGCCUCAGUUCCGUACAGCAACCCUGUACUGAUUCCGAUUCCGCCAAAUCAAUUCUAUCCCGGCUUAGUGGCUAAUCCCUGGCCGCCUGGCACUGUGGCAGCCACUGCCACCCAUGGCCAGAAUUUCUACGAGAUCGGGGGCAACAUCUUUGCCACCAAUCCCUUGGCUCCGCAAGCCGUGGCAGCCAGUUUCGCUCAAGCUCCGCCACCCACCGCACAAACGAUGGUCACGUCCAAGCCGCAGGGCGGUGGGCGCUACAACAACAAUCACCGCGGCAAUCCCAACAACCUGGGCGGUGUUAACUCGGGACCACGCGGCGAGUCGAGGGGCAAACCCCCGCGCAACACACAAACAGCUUCGCACAUCCAGGGCGGUAGCAUUGUGCCCAUCCAGAUAACGGGCGCCAUUCCAGGAGGAAUGGUGAGCGUGGUCCCUGCAAACAUUGUGCAGGAUCCACUCCAGCAGGCUCCUCAGCCGCAGCAAGUUCUCCAGCAGAUUCAGCAGCAGCCAACGAGCUCGGCUCAACAGCAGGCCACGGUGCAGGUGAACAGCUCUACUCGUCACUAUCCAAUCAAGAGCAACUGGAAAGGCGGCAUGCAAAAAAAUCUGGACAAGAGCUAUGGCGGUGGAGUGACCACUCACCAUCACUACACCACCCAGGUGCAGGCUCUGCCCGCCCACAGCCACCACCUGCAGGCCCAACAGCAGCAACAGGGACAAUCCCAGCAGCAGCACUAUCAAUUGGCUUCCUCCGGCGCAGCCAGCGCCCCGCAAGUUACCUACGUGUCCACUGCUCCGGCUCAACCGCAGCCCGGCCAGCAUCAGCACCACUUGGUGGUGCAACAGACGCAGCCACAGCAGCAGCAACAGGUGGCCAUUCAGCAGCAAGUGCAGGUGCAGGAGCUGCAGGAGGCGGGGGACGGCGUCGAGCAUGGCUCGCACGCCAUGCAGCAGGUGAACCGCAGCAGCAACAUGUCUGCCAGCUCCUCCUCAUCGCUGGCCACGUCGAUCAGUAAGGAGCCACUACAGUGGCAGAAUCGCCCGCGUCGUCGUCGUCGUGAUGAGGAGGGCGGACUCAACUACUCCCCAGGCGGGCGAGUUGGGAUUUACGGCAGCUCACCCUCGAAUCCACAUCAGCAGCAGCACCUGCUGACAUCUUCCGCUGGCAGCAAUAUUCAGCCAGGUGGAGGAACCGAGGGGGCCGGAGCCUCCCAUCGCGGGGAGCGCCAGAGCCACUACAACACUAUCCACGACGUCCCACCGCCCCAGCACCGUGGCAACUACAAGGGCAACAACUACAAUCCGCACUACCACGCCCAGCAUUCGUCGAUGGCGAGUGGCUCGCACCACCACCAUCACCACAACGCCCUGUCCUCACAGCAGCAGCAGCCGCACCACCUGUCCUCCGGCACUGGACAGCAGGGCACGGGACACCACUACCACCACCACCAUCACCACAACUCGAUUGGCAGCAAUGUGGGCAACAGCGGCGGCUUGGGCGUCAGCAGUGGCGGAUCGGGUGGCGGUGGAUCAGGUGGGGGAUCAGGCAGCAACAGCCUGUCCGGCGGGAGCAACGAGCGCGGUAUUCACCACAGCUCCUUGGGCCACCAGCAGCAUAUGAUUGGACUGAGUCAACAACAACAGCAGCAACAACAGCCACCUGCGCCGGUGCAACCGCCGCAGUUCGAUCUAGAGGCAGCCGCCUUUCCACCACUGCCAGCCUCAUCGGCCACCGCACCGCACCCAACUCAGGCCACUGGCGGAGCUUCCCUGCUUAACUCUACCACCUCGUCCUCCUCGUCAACGGGUCUGGGCCAGAAACAGGCGCUGCACCAGCAGCCGCAACAGCCACAUCAGCACCAACUAUUAAGCAGCAGUGUGGAGAGCGCCGGCGGCGAUGAACAACGCCCAAGCAGUCUCCAGGGAAUAGAGAGUAGCAAUAUCCACCUGGCGAACACUUCCUCCGCCAACAACUGGGCCGAGAAUCGACUGUCGGACGUGGUCCGCACCGGAGGUGGUGCUGGUGGAGGAGGCAAGGGUAAGGCGCGUAAGGACAACAGGCACCAACAGGGCCAGAACCAGCCGCACUUGGCACACAACUAUCAGCCGCAGCAGCAACAGCGCAAUCCACCUGUUAGCCCCACGCCCGCCUUGGGCGCUGAGUACGCGCUUCAGCUUCAGGAGGGCAACAAUACUAAGAACGUUACUAAGCAGAGCUCCAGUAACAACAAUUCGAUCCAUGUGAUAAAGUGUCUAACACCAAAUAUCAAUGCCAGCGGCAAAGAGGAGGCGGCCGGAGCCCAGCAGCAGCACCAGCAGCAGCUGCUGGACAAAUCAAACAAGACUGAGGAUGAACUGCAUCCAAAGCAGCCGUCGCAGCAGCGACUGGUCGAAGGCUAUAUCCAGCAGCAGCCGCAUCUGUCUCCGCUGGCUGGCCACAACGAGUACUCCGCCUGUUCCGUUGUGGAGGGUGGUCUGACCACCAGUCUGGCCGAGUGCAGCCUCGGCCAGCACAAGAAGCCGCCCUCAGUGGCCGCCCUGCACGCCAAGAAAGAGGUCAAUCUGCUGGAGAAAGGUGCCAGCAAGCACAAGAGCGUGGCCACGUCCACGUCGACGGAGAACCUAACCAAGCUCAGCUAUGCCCAGGUGGCCCAGCACCACAAGGCCGCCUCCACCGCUGACAGCAAGGAAGCUGGCUCCGGCGGCUCCACUGGCACCCUGUCGCCCACCGGCAGCCACAAGAUGGACCUAGUCUUUGGCGAUCCCGCCGCCGUGGCAGCAGCCGUGGAGAAGAGCGGCCUGACCACAGCCGUUUCGACCGAGAAGCGUGCCGUAGGUGGUGCCUCGCCAGCCGCGCUUUCCGGCAAAGCAAGUGGCCCCCUAACGACCAAUGCCACUCAAGGCAGCGUUGUCGUGGUCUCUGCCAAAGAGAAAGAUAAUCGUCCCAAUGCCUCCGUUCGCCAACUGAGCAAGGAGAAACAGCAGCAACACCAGCAGCAACAUUACGGCUCUGCAACAGAGCACAAUACCAAUGCCAAUGUCGGCUCGGGGACUGGCGGCAACCGCAAGUCCAGGGCCAACAACUCUUAAGAGAAGGAGGGAGUGGAGAAUCGCGUUGCCAAAUCAAGGCAACAGUGAGAUACCUUUGCAGGAUGCCUUCAACGAUGCAUCCGCCUGUAUAUAUAUGAAAUUCCAUGUGUAAAUAUGAGCAAACCUUUUUGUUAUACCUGUAAGUGCUAUAGAUAUUUACGAGCAAACUAAGGAGGCAUAUGAAAGCAGUUGCCGCUGCUCGAUGGACGCGAAAACGAGAGCAGAGGAAGGAGCGAGCAGCUGGCGACGCUUGGACCAGUUAUCAUAUUAGUAGGGAAAGACGAAAAAUGAAUGGUGCAUACCCUUUCUCCAGCUAUAUUUAAUCAGUUAUCAGUUAAUGUUAAUCUACCUAAGCUAAUGUUACCUAGACUCGAUGGGUAAUCACUUAGUUUAGCGCCGCGCGGAGAUCCAGGGAGAAGGCGACAGCCAGAGGAGAAGAGACAAGAGAUGAAUAUGCCUAAGCUAUUAUUACGAUUACCAAUAACGAUGCCGAGUGAAUAAGUCUAAGAGGUUUGAGCGUAGUUAGCCUACUUGCAUCGAACGACAAAGCAAAACUAAAGCAAGCUAAGCCAAGCAAAGGAGGAAAGGAGAGAAAAGGAAAAUAUUAGGUUUUAUUGAUAAAUUACCGAUGAACUCAUGAAUCACACGAUGAUUUUACGUUUUAUUAUCUACGUUUAAUAUUUCAUCAUUUUCAUUUUUGCUUUCACAUCAAAACAUAAUGUUUAUAGCCAAAACAGAAGUACACAGAUACGAGUACGUAGCGAAAAUAGCUAUGCCUCCGCUAGUCCCACAGGUUAGGGUUACUUCUAUUAUUUAGAUAUAUUAUAUAUAAUAUACACGAUUGUUUUGAAUCAUUGUAACAUUUUAACGGAUGAUCUUGUUUGAGCAAGUCGUUUUUUUAAAUAACUUGAUUAUGGGGAUUCUCGUACUUAGUUCAUGACUUAAGGGAUCCUUCACACAGACACACCUGAAUACGCCUAGACAAACUUAUCUUCCCCUUCCCCCAGACACCGACUCGUGUAUACCCCUAAUUUUUAUACUUGUAUCGUAUAUCGCGUGGGAAGAACUUACAUUUUAAAAUUGCAUUUGUUUCCACAUGAAAGCAAUUUUCUCAGUUUGAUGGUUUCACACGUCUAUUUCAACAAACAAAGAACGAAAACGAAAUGAAUUAAGAAGUUAGUGCAUUGCUAAAUACUAAACUUUAUCCUUACAAAGCGUAGGUGGACACAGCUCAGCUCAGCUCAUAAGACAAACACUAUCUAAUGUUAUAAUUACGACUUAGGACUCUAUACAAAAAGGUGCCAUAAACUAAAACACACACAGACACACACGAAAUUUUAUGAGGUUUAGGACAACACAAAAUAGGCAUUUAAAACGAAUUCUUUUCACUAUGUUUUACUGUCUCUCAAUCUGCAAAGAUGCUGCUUCAUCCUCGUCCCCAAAUUAUUGAUGCUCAUCUUAGAUUAGGAUUGCUAAUAUCAUUUUAACUAUUGUUUUCUCUUUUAAUAACUCACGAUUUACGCACAAAUUGAUUUAUGGAGUCUUAAUUUAUUUCAAAUGUAAGAAGCAUGUAAAUUAAUCCUUGAAGCAUAAAACCAAUUGCCAAGUGAGAAAAAAUAAUCAGUAGUUUUAAGAGCGUAAACACAAUAUCUAAAAACUAUUCUAGGCAAUAAGAAUUACGUUUAGUAUGCAUAUAUGGAUAUUCACACUUAACUUAACAACAUUAUUUCUUCUGUUAAUUAUUUCCCUUAUUUGAGAACAAAACUGCUCCGCCCUUUCACUUCCAAACCAAACAAAACCAAAUCGAAAGAAAUCAUUAUAUUUUUUCAUUCACAACUUCACCACUGAAACGAAGAAAAACAGCGUAUUAUUUUUGUUCUCUUUAAUUAAUUACUUAUGAACCCACUGUGAACAAACCGAACAAUGUUUUCCCAAAAAAAAAAAGAAGUACUAAAACUUUCAUCCAAAAUCAAAAAACGAAGGAGAAUAAGAAAAAUGAACUCUAAACGCAAGACUUCCAACCAAAAUGAAAUUGAAAAUAUAAGGAAAAGAAAACUAAACUGAAAAACCAAUAUAUAUACACAUAUACUUUGUUUCUAUGAAAACAAUCGAAUAUGCUAAGUGCCUAUACUAACUAAUAUGUAACAUACGAGCAGGGUACAGACCGACCACUGAGCCAAGCACCAAGUGGCCCCAUCCGCCCAUCAAAUUGCAUCCAAUCACACACCACACACACACAACUGCCUCUAGGACAUAAACAGCUAUCAAUCAAUCAAUCUUUCAAGACAUUCAAUCACUCAUUAGAAUCCUGGCGAGGUCCAGGAUCCGGAUAGUUCGCUAGGGAUGGUGGCCACACACAGAUAGUAUACCUUGCUCAGUGGUUCGUCGCGUACCCGCCACACAAAAUGUAUCUUUAAAUAAUUCAUAGUUUAUAGUUUGUAUCUUCCCCCUCCAAAUUGAAGAAAGACCCAAACUAUAAUAUCCAACUAACCCCAACACUCAGACACAUUUCUUUGGAAAGUUCUCAAAUGAUUUUGUUGUGCUCAUCACUCACUGUCGGCUGCCAACACAAAAGAAUACAAAAUAACACACCACACACACACACUACACAAACUGUACAGUUGAACCUCAAUAGGGCGGACUGCGACUGGGACUGCGGACUGUGCUUUAGGUGAAUCAAUGGGUGAGGGACACGGAAGGUGGUCAGAGUGGAGCCAAUGGACUCGGCGGGCGGCGGCUCCGAAAUCCCGGCAAUGAGAUGUGAUAUUAUGCAAUUGACAAAUCAUCAAUUGUGUGCGACAAAAAACAAAAACAAAUAAACGGGAUGGGGUUGACUAAUGCCCACCGAGAUUGCAACGCCCACUCGACCAUGAGACAGUCGACACUUGGACACUUGACCACGCUGUCCAUCCAGACGCUCCGAGAUCGAGAGACAGAGAGAUAGAGAGUAUAGGGAAUAGGGAAAGUAAAAAAGGAACAUUGUUGAUGUUGAAUAAUUUUAAGGAAUACAAUAAAUUAAAUUAAAUUGUUAAAUUGUAAACCUCAGUUCUUAAGUUAUUUAUUUUUGUAUACUUAAGCAGCGCAUAUGACACCUUGUUAUAUUUACAAAAUAAUACUAUUGCAAGUUCAGCAGACAUGCCACGCCCAUAGAGCUAUGUAUUCCCCCCAUUGCCACCACUCACCAUAUCUCCAGUCCCCGAAAACAAAUCACUCAAAACACACACACAGCUUAGAAUAUCGUUCAGUUAUUUUUCUCACACCAUCCAAAUAUUUCGUAUUAUUUAACUUUAUGGAAUGCUCCUCACCAGAAACCACUGUACAUACCCUUAGCUAUAGAUUGUUGGGGGCAUUCCCCUCCUGAUUUCACAGAAUCAUUCUCUUUGGCACUGCCAUAUCCCUUACAUAUUUUUGCGUUCGAUAUGAUUCCUAAACUUUUUUCGACGGUCGGAGAUCUUUUGAGUUGUUUAUUUUAUUUGCCUUGGGUUGAAUUCACUCCCUUAUUUUUUACUACCAUAAACAACAAACAACGCUAAACAAAAAAUGCUUACGCACAUUGUUAUCACUAGAAAAACAACAACAACAACAACAAAAACAAAACAAAAAACCUGUCUGUUAAAAAACAAAAAUGAAAAUAUGUAAUAUGAAUAACGAGAAGUACAUGCAUACAUAUAUAAAUAUAUAUAUAAUCAAUUUGUAAUUGUACCGAAAUUGAUAACUGUAAAGUAACAAGAAGUUUAUAAAAUUGCAUAUGAUUUAAACUAUAAACUAACUAUAAAGAAAUACAAUAUCCCUCUAUGCAGCAAGCGAAAGCAAGAAACCAACAGCAGUUAUACAUAAUUGAAUGUGUAAUAUGAUGGCAUACAUAUAAAUAAAAAUAUUAUAAUAAAACAAAACGAAAAAAAAAA